AUGUUAAUAUUAUCACUUUCAAGUUCAUAUAUGUUUUAUUUGAGUAAUAAAAUAUAUAAGUUUUUUCAGAUGGUGCCCAAUGGUGCUGUGUUAGUCCAGCAACAAACUAGUAGUGGUGUACAGUUUAUUUUAAAAUCUCCACCUCAUCAACAGCAACCUAAACCUGGUAUUGUACUGGCUAAUGGAGGCCUCCAACCACAGGCAGUCAUUGUCCAGGGAAGAACUCAGGCUCAUCAGGUCGUAAGACUAGUCCCUAGCCAGAUGCAAUUACAACAAAUUCAAACCUCGGGUCCUACAUUUAUUGCUGUUCCUUCACCAGCUGCUUCACGAACCACCCCUCCCCCUCCUACUCCAUCUGCAAUAGCUAUCAAGAAGUUAAAAAAGAAAAAGAAGGAUAAAGAAGAACCAAGACUCGACUUGGCCAACCUCAUUAAAAUAUCAGGUAUAGAUGAAGAAGAUGUGAGUCCCGUGGUAACUCAAAGUCAUUGCCACCAGGUGUCUCAGGGUACACAGAUGAACAAGACGCCUCCUAAUUCUCCUAAGCAACAGCAUCCCCAGCCACAACAGAAACACCAAAUCAACCCCUCCCAGAUCUUAGCUCAACUUCAAGCUCCUGCUCAGGUUGGGGGUGGAUUGAGGCUUUCUGUUGGGGAAGAUGGUACUAUGGUCGUUCAUCAGACAACUGAUCACACAACAGUGACACCCAGUAUUGCUGCUGCUGCUCAGUCUCAAUUGGCUCAGUUGAUUGCUGAACAUGGAGGACAGAUAUUACAGACUAAUACUUCUGGCUUAUCAAAUAGUACCUCAAAGGAAACAUCUUUUAUGCAAUCAUUGCAGACUGCUGUUCUUCAUCUUAGCGGGUCUACUCCAACAGAUGGUGUUGUUGUUAAAGGAAGUCUUGGAUCAAGUCCUGUAGUAGUGAAUACAGCAGCUGCUGCAGCUGGAGUAAGACGUGCCAGUGGUGUUGUAGUUGCACCUCAGAAUGGAGUUCGCUUGGUGGCAGAUCUUAAUGGUUUACCUACCUCCCUUACAGAACAUAACCGGCUUAUAGUUUCUGGUAUAACAGCUCCAGGUCUCCUUGAACAGAAUCGAGUUCAAAUAGUUGCUGGUGUUCCUACUUCAACUGCCUUAUCCCUUGAACAACAACAAAAUAGGCUAAUAGUGUCUGGUGCUACUCCUAACACAAUGCUUACACAGCAGGGUCGUGUAUUAGUUUCGACUGGAUCACUUGAACAUCAGAAUAGACUACAAAUUGUCACAAGUAAUUCUAGUGCUCUCUCUCUGACAGAACAGAACAGAGUAAUUGUUUCUAACGUACCCAGUAACAUGGCAUUGGAACAACAAAAUAGAUUGCAGAUAUUGUCUGGUAUUCCAAGUUCUAUUACAGAGCAAAAUAGACUUCAAAUAGUAUCUGGGAUGCAGAACUCUUUGACAGAGCAGCAAAAUCGUGUCAUCCUCUCUGGAGUCCAAAACUCUAACAUGUCUCUUGAGCAACAAAACAGGGUACAGAUAGUUUCAGGAGGCCACACUGCUGGAACCAUGGCAUUAGAACAAAAUCGGGUGGAAAUUAUGUCUGGUGUUCAGAGUUCAUUGACUGAACAACAAAAUAGGGUACAAAUAGUGUCUGGUGUGCCAAACUCCAAUACCCUUUCUCUAUCUGAACAGAAUCGUGUAUUUUUAUCUAGCCUACCUAAUGCAAACACAUUAUCUUUGUCUGAAAAACAAAACUUAGUUCAAAUAGUAAAUUCAAAUAUCUCACUUUCAGAGGAACAAAAUAGGUUACAAAUUGUUAGUACUGUUCCAAACCCAAAUCUUUCUGAGCAAAAUAGGUUACAAAUUGUAAAUAAUAUUUCUAAUCCAAGUGGCAUUUCUCUGUCUGAACAAAAUAGAGUUUUAGUGACCAAUGUUCCUACAACAAGUUCAAUAUCUUAUGCUGACACCAACCAUGUACAAAUUAUCACCACUGUUCCUAGUUCCAUAUCAGAGCAAAAUAGAAUACACUUAUCUCCUGUUCAAAAUUCUAACUCUUUAGAACAAAGUAGGGUUCAGAUUGUUACUUCUGUGCGUAAUUCUCUUUCAUUAGGAGAUUCAAAUAGGUUGCAGGUUGUUACGAGUUUACCUUCAAGUAAUGCUUUUCAGGAUCCUCAAAAUAAGUUACAUGUUUUAUCUAAUUCAAUCUCAAAUAGUAGUGUUAUAAAAGACCAUAGGCAGCAGAAAUGUAUUUCUACCACUUUUCGAGAAGAUCAAAGCAAUAUACAAGUUGUUUCUGCCCUUGUUAACAAUGAUAAAACACCUAUUUCUAAUGAAACUGUGGUACGCAACUGUGAUGGUUCUAGUGGCUUAAAGUUUCAACACUACAUUAAACCAACAGAGCGUCGUGUCAUAACCUCUCAUGUACAAAAGGAUAAGGAAUUGAUAAGACUGGAGGAUAAAGAAGAUAAAAAAGUGAAUUCUAGUGAUAAUAAUUUAGCAAACUGUGAACGACUACAGUUUUCUAGUGGUGAACCUAAAGUGCAAGUGGUAACAGCUAAUAAUCAUUGUGUAAUCCCUCAAAACAAUCAUAUUCGGACGCAUUCGUAUCCUCAUGAAUCUAAAAGUCCUGCCCAAUAUAUUUCUUCUGUGACUUCACCAAUUAAUUCUCCUCCAUCAACUCCAUUUAACAAUAGGCCUAAUCUAACUGUAGUUACACAACCUCAGAGAAGUCAACCAGAACAUGUUGUGGUUCAUAGUGUACAAACGAAUGCUACUACUCAUAUAAGUACGUCUAAAACAGAAACAUCGCCUAUUACUACUAAAACUUCUCAUGCUAAUCGUAGGACUUAUGAUAAUGCUUUUUUAGACAGUAUUGCUCAAUCUCAUCCCAGUUUGGUUAUAAACAAAUCACCCUCCAUGUCCCCAUGUGCUAAAUUAAUGAAGACGAAGAAGCCCAUUAAGAAAGCUGCACUUGUAAAACCCAUGAUGGCUGAAGACAGGUCCUCUACUGAAAAAGAAGAACCUCCGAAUUUGGUUCCCAUAAAUGUUGCUAAUGACCAUACAGUUGUAUCAAGGGUACAGACCAUCCAGCUCACUCCACAAAAACAACAGCAAUUAAAGCAAAUCCAGGCUCAAGUAACUGCUCUUAGUAACAAUAAAUUUAGAACAGCUUCUGAACAAGCUACAUUACAAAGACUGAUCACGGAGCAGCAUAAAAUACUAUUAGGGGGUAAAAUAGUACCUACUGUCCCUGGGCAACAUGCUCAAGGCGUUGCUUUUGUUUCAACUAACACCAACAAUUCAGCUGUAAGGUUAGUACCAGUUUCAAACUCAAGAGGUUCUAGUACACAAGAACAGCAAACGUCUCCACAACAGCCUCCAAUGACCACUCAUGCAAAUAAAGCUACUUCACCUAUUCCUAUUCAACAAGCAUCAACUCAAACACCAACUUCACUUAUGCCAUCCCCGCCUCAGCCCAUCUUUUCUAAGAGUAAAAGAGCUUCUUUGAUAGAACAACAAAUGCAGGCUGACAGACAAGGUGCUUUAAAUCCUGAUUGUAAAACUCCAUUUCUGAGUAAGAGUGAUGCUGUCAAAAGGUUAAUUCGUUACCAUACUAUGAAUGAACCUGUACUUAGUGAAAAAGACCUUGCAAAAGCUGAUGAAUUAUUUGAGCAAACAGCAAAACAUCUGCUCGACAAGAAAAAUCACUUGUAUAAUAAAUUUACUUUUCUCAUACUUAAAGAAAGUAUGAGGUUACAACAAACCAGUGAACUAGUUUUACUUGAAAGACUGUUUGUUGCUGAUGAAACUACGAGGUUAGAGCAGAUUAAGCAAGAAGCAAAUGCUCCUGCUCCUACAACUACUGCCACAUCCUCAUCAUCUUCAUCAUGUACAUUACCUGUAAAAAGAGAAAGAGAUGAAGGAGAUAAUAUAGAAACUAAAAAACAUUGUCCUGAUGAUGAAGAAAUCAACGCUCAAGUUCAAAGUGCUAUUGAUAGCAUUCUUAAUCUACAAAGGAAUGAUCCUCUUGAGGAAGCUGUGAGAAGCAUUUCUUCUUAG